UUAAAGAUCGCUUUUAGAGCCAUUAAUGAUAAUUGGUUAUUUAGUACCACCAACUCAAGAUGCCGUAAAUUACAUAACAAUGACAAUUGAACAAGACGGACAAAAUAGCAAAUUUGUGACGUGGACUGAUUAUGGUGCUGAAUUCAAAGGAUGUGAGGUAACGUACAGUCUAACUGUAAAUGAUAGUCCGAUAGAAACGGAAUUAACCACCAACACCUACAUCUUUACCAAUGAACUGACGGAAACCUGCAAGAACAUGGUUAAAGUGGUGGCAACAGUUUCGGGAGUUAUUGGAACCCCCGGAGAUAUCUCCAUAGUAGUACCACCAACUCAAGAUGCCGUAAAUGACAUAACAAUGACAAUUGUGCAAGACGGAGAAAACAGCAAAUUUGUGACAUGGACUGAUUAUGGCACUGAAUUCGAAGGAUGUGAGGUAACGUACAGUCUAACUGUAAACGGCAUUCCGAUAGAAACGGAAUUAACCACCAACACCUACACCUUUACCAAUGAACUGACGGAAACCUGCAAGAACAUGGUUAAAGUGGUGGCAUCAGUCUCGGGAGUUUUUGGAACAGCCGGAGAUAUCUCCAUUGUAGUACCACCAACUCAAGAUGCCGUAAAUGACAUAACAAUGACAAUUGUGCAAGACGGAGAAAACAGCAAAUUUGUGACAUGGACUGAUUAUGGCACUGAAUUCGAAGGAUGUGAGGUAACGUACAGUCUAACUGUAAACGGCAUUCCGAUAGAAACGGAAUUAACCACCAACACCUACACCUUUACCAAUGAACUGACGGAAACCUGCAAGAACAUGGUUAAAGUGGUGGCAUCAGUCUCGGGAGUUUUUGGAACAGCCGGAGAUAUCUCCAUUGUAGUACCACCAACUCAAGAUGCCGUAAAUGACAUAACAAUGACAAUUGUGCAAGACGGAGAAAACAGCAAAUUUGUGACAUGGACUGAUUAUGGCACUGAAUUCGAAGGAUGUGAGGUAACGUACAGUCUAACUGUAAACGGCAUUCCGAUAGAAACGGAAUUAACCACCAACACCUACACCUUUACCAAUGAACUGACGGAAACCUGCAAGAACAUGGUUAAAGUGGUGGCAUCAGUCUCGGGAGUUUUUGGAACAGCCGGAGAUAUCUCCAUUGUAGUACCACCAACUCAAGAUGCCGUAAAUGACAUAACAAUGACAAUUGUGCAAGACGGAGAAAACAGCAAAUUUGUGACAUGGACUGAUUAUGGCACUGAAUUCGAAGGAUGUGAGGUAACGUACAGUCUAACUGUAAACGGCAUUCCGAUAGAAACGGAAUUAACCACCAACACCUACACCUUUACCAAUGAACUGACGGAAACCUGCAAGAACAUGGUUAAAGUGGUGGCAUCAGUCUCGGGAGUUUUUGGAACAGCCGGAGAUAUCUCCAUUGUAGUACCACCAACUCAAGAUGCCGUAAAUGACAUAACAAUGACAAUUGUGCAAGACGGACAAAAUAGCAAAAUUGUGACGUGGACUGAUUAUGGCACUGAAUUCGAAGGAUGUGAGGUAACGUACAGUCUAACCGUAAACGACAGUCCGAUAGAAACGGAAUUAACCACCAACACCUACACCUUUACCAACGAACUGACGGAAAACUGCAAGAGCAAUAAGGUGGAAGUGGUGGCAUCAGUCUCGGGAGUUAUUGGAACACCCGGAGAUAUCUCUAUAGUAGUACCACCAAUUCAGGAUGCCGUAAAUGACAUAACAAUGACAAUUGUGCAAGAUGGAGAAAACAGCAAAUUUGUGACAUGGACUGAUUAUGGUACUGAAUUCGAUGAAUGUGAGGUAACGUACAGUCUAAGUGUAAACGGCAUUCCGAUAGAAACAGAAUUAACCACCAACACCUACACCUUUACCAACGAACUGACGGAAAACUGCAAAAGCAAUAAGGUGGAAGUGGUGGCAUCAGUCUCGGGAGUUAUUGGAAUACCCGGAGAUAUCUCCAUAGUAGUACCACCAACUCAAGAUGCCGUAAAUGACAUAACAAUGACAAUUGAGCAAGACGACCAAGAUAGUAAAAUUGUGACGUGGACUAAUUAUGGUACUGAAUUCGAAGGAUGUCAGGUAACGUACAGUCUAACCGUAAACGACAGUCCGAUAGAAACGGAAUUAACCAUCAACACCUACACCUUUACCAACGAACUGACGGAAAACUGCAAGAGCAAUAAGGUGGAAGUGGUGGCAUCAGUCUCGGGAGUUAUUGGAAUCCCCGGAGAUAUCUCCAUAGCAGUACCACUAACUCAAGAUGCCGUAAAUGACAUAACAAUGACAAUUGUACAAGAUGGACAAAAUAGCAAACUUGUGACGUGGACUGAUUAUGGUACUGAAUUCGAAGGGUGUGAGGUAACGUACAGUCUAACUGUAAACGACAUUCCGAUAGACAGGGAAUUAACCAUCAACACCUACACCUUUACCAACGAACUGACGGAAAACUGCAAGAGCAAUAAGGUGGAAGUGGUGGCAUCAGUCUCGGGAGUUAUUGGAACCCCCGGAGAUAUCUCCAUAGUAGUACCACCAACUCAAGAUGCCGUAAAUGACAUAACAAUGGCAAUUGUGCAAGACGACCAAAAUAGUAAAAUUGUGACGUGGACUGAUUAUGGCACUGAAUUCGAAGGGUGUGAGGUAACGUACAGUCUAACUGUAAACGACAUUCCGAUAGACAGGGAAUUAACCAUCAACACCUACACUUUUACCAACGAACUGACGGAAAACUGCAAGAGCAAUAAGGUCGAAGUGGUGGCAUCAGUCUCGGGAGUUAUUGGAACCCCCGGAGAUAUCUCCAUAGUAUUACCACCAACUCAAGAUGCCGUAAAUGACAUAACAAUGACAAUUGAGCAAGACGACCAAGAUAGUAAAAUUGAUAACCACCAACACCUACACCUUUACCAAUGA